UUCCAUUUUCAGACACAGCAAUCCAUUUUCUUCUCCGAUUGAUUGUUUAAAAAAGAAGCAUUUCGAUUUUCUCUCUCUCUCUCUCUCUCUCUCUAGAUUUUGAAGAAACCAAUUUUUAUCUUGGAACGAGCUUUCCCCAUUACCAUCUUGAACCUAACCAGGAAGAUCUAUCUAUGGCUUCAAGAACAAUCACCAAAGAUAUCAUUACUCUCCGAGGUUCUGCAGCAAUCGUCAGCGAGUUCUUCAGUUAUGCUGCGAAUAGUAUUCUGUAUAACCGCGGAGUUUAUCCAGAAGAAAGUUUCGUCAAGGUAAAGAAAUAUGGGCUUUCAAUGUUGCUCACUGAAGACGAGGGUGUCAAAUCCUUCAUGUCCAACCUAACCGCCCAGCUAUCAGAAUGGCUAGAAGCAGGGAAGUUACAGAGAGUUGUACUGGUGAUAAUGAGCAAGGCCACAUCUGAGGUACUGGAGAGAUGGAAUUUCAGUAUAGAGACUGACAAGGAGGUGGUUGAGAAGGGGGUUUCUAGGGAAAAAAGCGACAAAGAGAUCAUGAGAGAGAUUCAAGCCAUCAUGAGACAGAUAGCCUCCUGCAUUACUUACUUACCAUGCCUCGAUGAACCCCGUGUUUUUGAUGUGUUAGCAUACACAGAUACAGAUGUGGCAGUUCCAUUUACUUGGAUUGAGAGCGACGCCAAAUUGAUCAACAACCCACAAAUGGUGAAACUGCAUUCCUUUGAUACCAAGAUACACAAGGUUGAUACCCUUGUCUCAUACAAGAACGAUGAAUGGGAUGAAUAGUACUCACUCUGUGUUCGUUCUUUGCUGAUUCUACUUUACAGUUUGUGUCUUUGGUUGGGAUGUAUGAGUAAGAAUUCUGUGUGAAUGAAUUAUUCACAUAUCAGGAUGAUGAUGAAGAGAGUUUCUCGAGUAGGAAUUUUCUUGUUUGUGUACUUCAGAAUAGCAUCAAGGAAAUGAAAAGUCAUGUGACGUUUAUGUGCA